AUGACUAACGACGAUGUCCCAAGUAAGAUAGCGAAGUUGUCGUUUUGGGUGUUAUGGUAUAUAUGGAAAUCUUGGAAUGAGUUUCUAUUUGCUAAAACGAAUGUUCAUCCAAUAGAGGAUAUCCAUAGAGCUAUAGCUGCCAAUGAUGAAUGGAAUGCAGUUUAUAUUAGUAAAAGAUCAGUUCAGUGUCCUCCGCUUAAGUCUUCAGCUUGGGAACCUCCUCCUACCGAUUGGUUAAAAUGUAACUUUGAUUGUAGUUUCAGAAAUGAUACGAGAUCGGCGGGGAUUGGUUGGAUGAUACGAGAUACGAGUGGUUCUUUUCUGGUGGGUGGAAUGGCUCGACUGGAUAAUGUGGUGUCAGCAGUUCAGGGAGAAGCAUUGGGGCUUUUAUUUGCUCUGCAACAGGUUUGGAUUCGAGGUUGGCGAAAGGUUUGGUUUGAAGGUGAUUGUGUAGAGCUUACUGCUGUAAUUAAUCAAAUGGUCCCUCACCAUUUGCAUAUUGGUAAUGUCCUUUAUGAUAUUCGUCACUGGAUGAGCUUAUUACCAGAUUGUUCUUUGGCCUCCAUAAAUAGAGAGAGAAAUCAAGCUGCAGAUGUUCUGUCCCGACGUGCUUUUCUUGAAGACAAUGUUGUAUCUUGUUUUUCUGUUCCUCCUUCUUGGUGCCAAAAACCUCGACUGAUGGAGGCUAAGAUCGAGAAGCUGAGUCUCACUCUGGUGAAUCAACCGGAGUUUCUGUGA